AUCAAAGUGUUCUGGGAUUACAGGACAAAAAUGAAGAUCAAGUAGAGCCAAUAAAGAUCUGUGAUGCUAUUGUUUGCCUAAGUUUAUAAGGGAGCAAGCAUGCUUCUCUCUUAACUGGGAGAGGAAAGAGAUCCAAGUGGGGAUUACUGGCUGCAUUUCUCACAUUUUCUUGUGAAGAGAAGAUCUGCUCACUCUUCUCUGGUUAAACUCUUGGGACUGCUUAUUUCUAGAUCUUUAAAUAUAUUACACAUAAGAGCAAUGAGUGCACAUUCAUGGAUAGCACCUUUUGACUUCUUUUACCAAAAACAUAAAAAAAAAAAAAAAACACAAAUACACUCUAUAUUUCCAACGUAUUAAUGUUGUGAAAAACAGAAUUGCAUUUUAGAGACAGCCUAUAUGGUGUGCAAGUAACACACUACAUGGACCACUGCAACAACCCCCACUACUGUCCGCUUCAUAUGGAGAACAGAAAGUGACAAAUAUAAACAGUGGGACGGCUGUGUUGAGGGAAAUUACCUCCCUGAACCACUGGCGUGUUGCCAGCAUGAAGACAUUCAUCUGUUUGGUACAGAGACUGACUCGCGGGUAAGACAGAGGGAAGGGAGGGGAAAAGCGUGAGCCGAACAAGACUGGAAAGAGUGUGAGCUGAUCACAGGCAGUGAGAGAGUGAGGGGCAGCAGAUGGGAAUGGGAGAGAGGCGGAACAGCCGCAGCAGCUGAAAGUUUUAAACCUGUGAUCGCAGUAUGUGAUGCGGAGCGAGACUGGGGGUUCCUCCAACAUGUGGGAGCAAAACAAUUUCCACAUCAUGGACCGCUUAAGCCAGAGACAGAUUUAGGUUUGGCCGCUGAAGGAAGGUGUUCUCUGUCACGUUCUUAUUUGGGUAGGGAGGAAACAUAAAGAGGCAAUAGGAGAGUUUAAAGGUUUAACUAUGGAGGUUUGUAAAGCUAUAAAUGCACUGGACAUGAAGCUGAAUUUUUCCACCAGUGCAAGACACUCGCUUUAGUGUUUAUGGAAGUUGAGACGUGGCGGCCCGGAAAAAUUCUUCAACAGUAAAACGACAACAGGGAACUUAAAAGUUAAGCAGACAUCGCCUUCUGGAGCAGUGAUUGGAUUGCAGUCCCUGAAAAAGUGAGGACCCCAGCUAAUACGUCACAGAGGAAAUACUUGUCGUGUGGGGAUUGUUACCAUCAGUGGAUUUUUUUUUCUUGGACCUUUUGGAUUUAUCAGCUGUUAUCUCAGUUUGUACAAAGGAUGAAGCAUCCUGUGCACUGACCAGUCCGAACCUGUGUCCGUGCCUGUGGGACCAAGUGACCAUGCUGACCAAGCAUCCUUCACCAGAAAGAUCAGAGCCCAAAGCCACGCUACGGCCUGCUGUAAGCUCUGCAGCACCAUGUCUCAAGCAGUCACUGCUCCUCUCCAGACCAACAGCUCACAGGCAGGAGAAGUGCCUGGGGUUCAGCUGAGAUGGGCUGCUCUGCUUAUUGUCAUGGUCAUCAUCCCCACUAUUGGAGGAAACAUCCUGGUCAUUCUUGCUGUGUCACUGGAGAGAAAGCUGCAGAACGCCACCAACUACUUUCUGAUGUCACUCGCUGUGGCUGAUCUGUUGGUGGGACUCCUAGUGAUGCCCAUUGCCCUCGUCACUAUUCUCUACAAUUCCAACUGGCCUCUUCCCGAAUCUCUCUGCCCCAUUUGGCUGUUCCUCGAUGUGCUGUUUUCUACCGCAUCCAUCAUGCAUCUCUGUGCCAUUUCACUGGAUCGCUACAUUGCCAUCAAGAAGCCAAUCCAGCACAGCCAGUACAAAUCUAGAGCCAAAGCAAUGCUAAAAAUUGCACUGGUGUGGCUCAUAUCUAUUGGUAUUGCAAUCCCAAUCCCGAUUAAAGGGCUUAAGAACCAGCAUCAUCCCAACAACAUUACCUUUAACAGUAACCACACAUGCCUGCUGAAAACGGACACUUUCAGAGAGUUCAUCAUGUUUGGCUCCUUGGUUGCGUUCUUCAUUCCUCUGACCAUCAUGAUGGUCAUCUACCUACUGACUGUUCAAGCUUUGCGCAAAAAGGUUUAUUUGCUCAAGUCCAAGGUGGCUCAGCGCUUUAGCUACCCAACAGUCUCCACAGUUUUCAAAAGGGAGCAGGCUUUCACUCCAUCUGAAGAUGCACAGUUGAACAUGCUGGAUAACAGAAUUUCAUGGAUGCGAGAAAAAACAGUUGCAGGAACACUAAACUCCCCUACAGAAGAUGACUUGUCCUUUCGGAGAAUGUCAACUAUGGGCAAGAAGUCGAUGCAGACUCUGAGCAAUGAGCAGCGUGCCUCAAAGGUGCUCGGCAUAGUCUUCCUCCUGUUUGUAGUCAUGUGGUGCCCGUUCUUUAUUACCAAUAUCACCUCUGUGCUUUGCACCAGCUGUAACCCUCAUUUAAUUUCCCGCCUUAUGGAGAUUUUUGUUUGGGUUGGUUACGUGUCAUCAGGCAUCAACCCAUUGGUUUACACCUUAUUCAACAAGACUUUCAGGGAAGCAUUCUCACGUUACAUCACCUGUAACUACAAGACCUGUGCUAGUCACAGACCAGGAAGGCAACCAACAGCAUCUUGUGCAGAUCGGACCCAUACAAGGAUUUCAUUCAAAUCUUCCAUGGCAGAGAACUCUAAACUGUUCAUGAAGAGAGGAAUGAAGAAUGGCAUUGGAGCAGUGAGCUACCAAAGUCCCCUCAGGUGUCAUCAAGAACCUGUACAACCAUCCAGUGGUGUUGUGUUAGACACAAUGCUUCUGACUGAGACUGUAACUGAGAAGCACGAGGAAUAUGUUAGCUGUGUAUAGAGAUAGCUGACAAACAAAUCAAGGUGAAGGUGAAGCUCUAAAUAUUUCAGAUUUUGAUGCAGACAUUCUAUCUCUGUAAAGACAAAGGCUAGCCUCUCAACAUAAGGAUCUGCUAUUGACAUCAAUUUAAAUGACAAAUCUUAAAGUGCCAGUGUAAAAACAGAAUUUAACCUGUUGCUGUCCAAUUUGCUGCCAUUUGUUUACAUCAUUUUUUUCAUUUAAGUAAAAUAGGUCGAUAUUCCAUAACCACAUAAAACACUUACUACUUUACCACAAGAAAGCCAUAUUAAACUGUUAUCUAUAAAAAAAAACAGCACAGGAGUCCAUAGCAUUUGAGAAAGGGGUUUACAUUUUCAAACAUUAAGACUCUACUGACAUGGAGUGACCUGUAACAGGUCAAAGAAGGACAAGUAAAAAGAAAAGAACAGGUGAGUAUACUAUGAAAGUGUUGAAGUGCCUCUAUCAAAGUUACACAAAUAGUUGCAGCCUUGAGACAAAAAUAUCAGAAAUAAUGAGAGAACAAUAACCUGGUUACCCUAAAUAAGGUUUAGAAUACUUUCCUAUGCUGCUUGCUCAUUGCUUUUGGAAAAUUUAAAAUAUGCUGUUAAAAAAUUCAGACAACAAGCUACUGUAGCAUAAACAGACUUUUUUGCACUGUUGAAACAAUACUUCUUGUACAUGCUAGACCUUUAGAAAGUCAUCUUGCAUGUGUUCUUCAGUCUAAUGUUUUGAUAUGGAUAAAGGUUUUGAUUUUUAAAAAAUGACAUAAAAAAGAACAAAACAGUCCAAAUUAACAGAAAAUAAAUGCUCAAUAAAAAUGAUUCUGUGUUGCUGUGUUGAAAGAAAACAGUUUCUUAGCAUCAUGGCUACUUCACUGUUUACAUCUGCACUCAUGUUCAUUCAUUCACUCUCUUGACUCAGCUUUGACAAAAUGACAACAUUGAUGAUAAGAUAAGAUAAGGUAGUAAAUACGAGAAUGAUAGCAAGUAAAGGCAAUCUGGGAUAUUGUCAUCUUGGGAUUAAUUUUUACAGCCCUGUUAUGUUAACAUCCACAGUUUGGGUAGUGAAAAUUUCAUAGACCACAAAAUAAAAUGAUAUCAAAUCAAGUUCAGAAAAUACAGACUUGCUUUGAUUGGGAUAAUAAGAUACAAGACUUGGAUCAGCCUCCACAAUGUUGGUAUGUGAGUAAGGAGUGUGUCAGCAUUUUAUUGUUAACUAGACUGACACCGUCUCUCUGUUUAUUGUUAACGAACAGAAAGUGUUGAUCUUGGAUGAACUGCACAGACUCCAGACAUUUGAACACAAAGCUGUGUGGUUACUGGCUGUAAGUGUGGAUGUUAGAGGACAGGAGGGAGUUAUCAUUGAGCUAUUAGGGUGAGAGGCUGGAAGAGAGACAGCCAACUGACUCAUUACAGUUCAACACUCUUUCUAAACAGUGAAGAUUUAUGCAAAGUUUAUCUAACAGUCAAUUGAUCCUGCAGAACAUCACACAGCCUCUUUUGGGCGUAAAAAAAAAUGUACACCCUGAACACACUGGCCAGGGGGGUCUGUUUUACUCUGCUCUGGAUUCUGAUUGUUUAAUCCAUGUUGGUGUAAGAGGGUUAAAAUCCUAUAAUUGCAAAGAAAGACAAUAAGAGUGGCAAUGACAAGUCUAUCUUUCACUUACUAAAAAAAUACCAUUAUUUAAGACAUCAACGGUUGUUUUUUCUUUGGAACAGUCAAUCUGGGUUCUUUGAUUACUGUGCAGGGUCUAAUAUAUCUACUAGGGCUGAACAAUUUUGGAAAAAAUAUCUUAUUUGGAUUUUUUUGACUUAUUGCAAAUUUGAUAUGAAUUGUUGUACUGAAAUGGAAUGAUCACUUUUAUGUCAUUAUCAAUAUUAUCAAGUAAAACAGUUUGUUUUUUUGGGGGGGAAAAUUGAUUUUUUGCAUGAUGUUUAGAGCAUCAUCUGCUUUUUAAAUAAAAACGACAUUGCAAAGGUUCACAAAAUAGCAAUGCCAUGUGCAUAUUAUACUACUAAGGUGCAGUCGUAAUGACCAUUUGUCAGAGACGUGAGUAUUUUUGAUUGGUCCGAAACCAAUUAGAUUUGAACAGUUUGUAAGAAGCACAGUAAAUUAGAUUUCAAAAUAAAUGAGAAAACUCUGGCAUUCACAAUAAUUUUAUGACAGGAUCUACACUGAUGUAAAUGGGUAAAAGUGUUAAAUUUUGUGUUUACACAGACCGCUGAACUAUAGAUUGAGGGUAAACUUACAACAGCACUUUUGUCCAAGAACUUAAUGCUUUAAAAAGAUGGUGUUUGUUGCGUGUAAAAAACUUUACAAGGUUAAGAUGAGAGUGAUAAAAGUAUUAU